UAUAUGUUUUUAUAUAUAAAAAAGACGACUAAUGUAAUUCAAGUUGUCUUUGAGAGGAAAAUGUAUAAUGUCUAUAUUAAAAUUGCCCUCAAACUCCAGGUUAACGUGAUAUCUGCUCCCGUGCCAGCCGGUCUCUCGGGUCGCCCCUCCCAGCUGAAGGCGCUCUCUGGUGGUCUUGUCUCUGACUUCAGGAAAACACCCCCUCCCUCCCAUCCGGAGCAUCAUAAAGUGGGGGAUCAGAUGUAGGGCAGGAGGGACGAGAGGACGGUCUCAAUCGGGAGGGAUGUUUUUAUUUGCGAGCUGGCUGGUGAUUCAUUGUGUAAUUGGAGUUUGAGCUCGUGGAUGCGGAUGCUGCGUUGACUCGUGCUCAGAUGCUGAUGACAGGCCGGACCUGUUAAAACACCCUCCUGGAUCGUGGAUGGAGCCCAAAGCUGAAAUCCCUGAAAAAUAAAACCAGGAGAAAGAAAGCCAGUUUGAUCCAGUGUGUGAGGCGGGGACCGGGUCGGCUGUGUGAGGCAGAGGAGGUGGAGGUGUGACGGCGGCGGCGACAUGUUCUGAGGCGGAGAGCCGGCGAGCGGCGGCGGCUGGCGGGAUGAAGGCGCCGAGGAGACCGAGGCAGACGCGCCUCCUCCCCCGGUUCUGCGUCUGUGGAGUCGGUCUGCUCGCAGCCGCCUUGAUCUUCAACUUCAGCGAUGUUACAGGCUCUCAGUCACCCAGUGUGGAUCAGGACAUCUCCAUGUCCAAGAGAGAGCUCAUCCAGCAGGAAGUAGACAACAACCAGACUGACAGUAUUUCUACAUCUGCUGUGUCUGAUUUUCCUGAAGACAUCUUCACUCCGGAGCAGAGGAGACACGGAGCGGUACUCCUCCAUGUUCUCUGUGCUAUCUACAUGUUUCAUGCACUGGCCAUCGUGUGUGAUGUUUACUUUGUGCCGUCACUGGAGAAAGUGUCAGAGAACCUUCAGCUCAGUCAGGAUGUUGCCGGGGCAACCUUCAUGGCAGCUGGGAGCUCCGCCCCCGAGCUCUUCACCUCUCUGAUUGGGGUAUUUAUCACAAAAGGAGACGUGGGUGUGGGAACUAUCGUGGGAUCAGCUGUCUUUAACAUCCUGGUCAUCAUCGGCCUCUGUGGCAUCUUCGCAGGACAGCCCAUCUCUCUGAGCUGGUGGCCUUUGUUUCGUGAUGCUGUCUUCUACAUCCUGUCCAUAGUGGUGCUUAUCCUGGUGAUCUAUGAUGAAAAAGUUGUGUGGUGGGAGACCAUCAUCCUGAUGUCUAUGUACGGAAUCUACAUAAUCAUCAUGAAGUUCAACAGAUCUCUGUGCAGCCUGGUGGAGAGGCACUGCAGCAGGGCGGGUCAGCCGUGUCUGAGCAGCCUGCGGCGGACGACUGCUGUGGGAAGUGUUGGAGACUGUGACAACGACAUGGUGCCGCUGAAGCCAGAUUCAUGUGUGGUGGCCGGUCAGGACUCAGGGGUGGUGAUGGUGGAUGAGCUGCUGAACCUGAACCCCCACCAGCUCUCCUUCUCAGAGGCAAGCCUCCGCCUUCUCAUCACCCCGUAUUUCCCCCCCUUCACCCGCCUGCGCAUGGCAGGACGCAUGGUCAUCAACGAGAGGCAGAGACUGAUUCGGGCUCGGGGCGGCCCGGAGGAGGGGGGAGCUUCAGGGGAGGAGGGUUUGGGUGCUAACGGGGCGUGGGGGAGGGAGAACGGGCUGGCGGCUGAAGGAGACAGGCAGCCGCAGGAGGGAGAGAGGGGUAAAGAGACGGGGGGAGAGACAGGUAGGGGAGCGCAGCUGAAAGAGGAAGAGGAGGAGGAGGAAGAGCAGGAGGAAGGAGAGGAGGAGGACGCGCCUUUCGGACCCUUCAUCCUGCCAGAGGGUUGGUGUAUGCGUCUGAAGUGGCUGAUCUCUUGGCCCGUGAACAUCCUGCUUUACUUCACCAUCCCCAACUGUAACCUGCCUCGGUGGGAGCGCUGGUACCUGCUCACCUUCCUGGCCUCCACACUCUGGAUAGCCUUCUUCUCCUACCUCAUGGUCUGGAUGGUGACCAUAAUCAGCUACACACUCGGAAUCCCAGAAGUCAUCAUGGGCAUCACUUUCCUGGCAGCCGGCACCAGCGUUCCUGACUGCAUGGCCAGCCUCAUCGUCGCCCGACAAGGGAUGGGCGACAUGGCUGUGUCCAACUCUGUUGGCAGUAAUAUCUUUGAUGUGCUGCUGGGCCUGGGCUUCCCCUGGGCGCUGAGGACUCUCAUCGUCAGCUAUGGAUCCGUGGUGACAAUCAACAGCAAAGGCCUGGUGUACUCAGUGAUUCUUCUGCUGGCCUCAGUCAUCCUCACUGUCCUGUGUGUCCAUCUGAACUGCUGGAGGUUGGACCGCAGGCUGGGACUCUGUCUCAUUCUGCUCUACGCCAUCUUCCUCCUCUGCUCCGUCGGCUUCGAGAGGCUGUAGGUGACGACCACGGUCACCGCACACACACAGCGACACACAGGGUCGUACAAACGGACGUACGAACAAGCGAUCCGACUUGUUUUCCACCUCCACUGCUGCCAUUAUUCAUCAAAUGGACGGACAGAUUUUCAUUUUACUUCACGGUGGCUGUACAUGUUUGAGCUGCCUGACAUUAUUCACCUUUGAUAAACAAGUAUUUUACAUAGUUUUGUACCGAGCACCUGCAGCCCAGACCCAACUGAUAAUGCACUAUGUCUCACAACAAAUUUAUAAAGUGUUUAAUUUGUAUUCUGAAACCAAGAAUAUUAUAUAAGGAACCCCAAAGUGAGUCAGUUUAUGAAACAAGACUUUACGACUGCCACAAGUAACCUCAAUGACCAGAUCAUUAUACGUGUAAGUUUAUAUAUUUGCUUCUCAGUGUGUGAGGUUAUUUUAGGUAAAGUUCAGCAUUUUCAUCACGCCUUUGUGUCUGUAGUUGUAAACAACAUAGCAUGGCUGAUCAUCACGCUCCAGAUAAUUGCACUAAGCCACUGUUGUCUUGGCCUUGUACAUAAUAUAGCCCCCCACCUCUCUCUCUUUCCUCAAAGCUUCUCACACAGAGGCAGUGUUUCUGUUUCUGUGCUGGAGCAAAGCGACUGUAUGCUACAAGGUGUUUCUGAAUGUCUGUUGUUUGGAGAGAGUCUUUGAGUGUGUGUUGUUGAGUGAAAUAAAAAAAAAAGGUUUUGUUCA